AUGGCAGAUAAUAGAAUUGUUUUAUAUAACUUCAGCCUCAAGCCUGGUCACUCCAUAGGGGUGAAGGGCUUCAUUCCAGAGGGCUGUAAAGGGUUUGCCAUAAACUUGGGAAAAGAUAACAAGAAUUUUGUGCUAUACUUUAACCCUCGUUUAGACCACGUCGAUGGAGACAAGAACAGGUUAGUCUUGAAUUCUUUGGAGGAUGGUGUCUGGGGAGCGGAGCAGAGGGAAAGCUUCUUUCCCUUCCAUGAGGGGUCAGACACCAUGGCUUGCUUCAAGUUUGAGCAAGACAAGAUCACCAUCCAAUUGCCUUGCAGAGAUCCUUUCUCAUUUCAAGUCCGCUUUCCCAUAGAAGAGAUUUCAUACUUGUCCUUGAUAAGCCUCCAGCUCAAGUCCAUCACACUAAAAUGA